CAGGUUCCGACUCCGCCUCUCCGCCACUCGCUAUUUAUAACGCUCCCGCCGCUUGUUCCUCUAGGGAUCUGUUCGCCUCCGCCAUUCCUCCUUGGGAUCGCCGGGCCUCUACUUAGCCGGAGGUCCAUCGGCGUAGGUUAAUUGCCUUUCGGUGAUUUCUUCGUCCUACUUUCUUCUGAGCGUCCGGCGUGGUGGUUGCCCUGCCCUCCGUUAGCGCGCCGGGGCUUCCCUUCUUCAUCGAAGUCUCUUCCUGUUUCACUUGAGGGGGAGGCCGGGGCUCCGGCCUCGGCGGCUUUUAAAGCCCCCGUCGGCGAUCGGGAAGGGAUGCCGGCCCUCGCUUGCGUAGAUGCUGCUGUCUCGCCCCCUAGCUAUGGCAUAGCGUGGGACGGCGCCCUUCCCGCACCAGGGAUAUUCCCUGGAGGCGCUCCGACAACGCCAGUAGACGACGCCGCCGACGGCCGCCCCGUUCCGUGGUCCCCUGACCUCUCCGCCGUGCUAUACCGGAUCGAUAGUUGGGGCGUGCCGUACUUCUGCAUCAACGCCGCCGGCGACAUCGCCGUCCGGCCUUACGGCGCUUCCACUCUCCCUCACCAGGAGAUUGAUCUGAUGAAGGUGGUGAAGAAAGCCUCCGACCCCAAGUUCGACGGCGGUCUAGGCCUCCGCCUCCCGCUUCUCGUCCGCUUUCCUGACGUCCUCAGGCACCGGCUCGAGUCCCUCCACUCCGCCUUCGAGUUUGCCAUCCAAUCCAAUGGCUACGGCUCUCCCUACCAGGGGGUCUACCCGGUGAAGUGCAACCAGGAUCGCUACAUCGUGGAGGACAUCGUCGAAUUUGGGGCGCCCUUUGGGUUCGGCCUUGAGGCCGGGUCAAAAGCGGAGCUUCUUCUCGCCAUGAACUGUCUCUCCAAGGGAAGCCCUGAAGCUUUCCUCAUCUGCAACGGGUAUAAAGACGAGGAAUACAUAGUCCUUGCCCUAAUUGCUCGUAGCAUGGAUCUCAACACAGUGAUCGUCCUGGAACAAGAGGAGGAGCUCGACGCCGUGGUGGAGACUAGCCUGAGACUCGGUGUCCGGCCGGUGAUUGGUCUUCGUGCGAAGCUCAGAACCAAACAUUCCGGCCAUUUCGGAUCUACCUCUGGUGAAAAUGGCAAGUUCGGUCUGACCACCGCCCAGAUCCUCUCUGUUGCGCACAAGCUCCAGCGACUUGACAUGCUCGAUUGCCUUCAACUCUUGCAUUUCCACAUUGGCUCGCAGAUUCCGUCGACGGCCCUCCUUUCUGACGGCGUCAGCGAGGCCGCCCAAAUAUAUUGUGAACUCUCAAGGCUUGGGGCCUCGAUGAGAGUGAUUGACAUCGGCGGUGGCCUGGGCAUUGAUUACGAUGGCUCUCACUCAAGCGGAACGGAUAUGUCAGUGAGCUACAGCCUCGACGAGUACGCCGACGCUGUGGUUCGAUCCGUGAUGCUCGCCUGUGACCGGAAGCACAUACGCCAUCCCAUCAUCUGCAGCGAGAGCGGCCGGGCUCUCGUGUCACACCACUCGGUUCUUAUCUUCGAAGCGAUUUCAUCCAGCACCAGCAAAGCUGAGGCAUUGUCGUCCAUGGCCCCAAAUCUGGCCUACUUUCUCGAUGAGCUUGCAGACGAUGUUCGUUCAGACUACCGUAAUUUGAUGGCCGCUGCGUUCCGCUGUGAGUACGAGACCUGUGCUCUUUAUGCCGACCGGUUGAAGUGGAGGUGCGUCGACCAAUUCAAGGAGGGCAUUCUCGGGCUGGAGCACCUUGCGGCUGUCGAUGCCCUGUGCGACCUUGUGUCGAAGGAAAUGGGGGUUGCUGAUUCGGUGAAGACCUACCAUGUUAACCUCUCUCUGUUCACCUCAUUGCCCGAUUUCUGGGCCAUCGGGCAGCUUUUCCCCAUCAUCCCAAUUCACCAUCUCGAUCAGCGACCUGAGGUCAAAGGUAUUCUCUCGGAUCUGACAUGCGACAGCGACGGCAAGGUCGACAGGUUCAUCGGCGGACAGUCGAGCCUCCCACUGCACGAGCUCGGAGGAAUCACCGGCGAGGAAGGCGGAUACUACCUGGGGAUGUUUCUUGGCGGGGCUUACCAGGAGGCGCUGGGGGGGUUGCACAACCUAUUCGGGGGGCCGAGCGUCGUGCGGGUGUCGCACGCCGACGGGCCGCACUGCUUCGCGGUGACGCUAGCUGUUCCCGGCCAGUCGUGCGCCGACGUCCUCCGGGCGCUGCAGCAUGAGCCUGCGAUGAUGUUCGACGCCCUCAAGCACCGAGCCGAGGAAUGCGCCGCCGGGUCCGGGGACGCUCUCUCCUGUGCCCUCGCCCACGCUUUCCACUCCAUGCCGUACCUGGUCUCCCGCACCGCUGCACGUGCAGCAGCUCCCGGCAGCGACGGCGAGGCCACGGACGCCAUGACCAGCGACUCGGAGGCCGGCGGCGGAGGCAGGGAUGGGGAAGAAGACGAAGAUUGGGAGUUCAUGCGCUGCUUGAGCAUGUGAAUUGCGCGGUCACGACAUUGCAGAUCCUUGGUCGGUCACGAAAUGGAUACUUCAAAUUUCGUAGGCGAUGGUGAUGCGAUCUGACCGUUGAGGCAGGUCCGUUUCCUUCCUUUUGUUGCCCACCUUGUUUUUUUUUUCUUCUUUCCUUUUUUUUUUU